AUGACUACCACCUUGAACACCCCGAAAAGCAAGCUUGCUGGACCCGGCGCAUCCUUGAAAAUCACUCCUUCGAAUUCUCCAAUCCUCCGCCCAGGGACCCGAUCCCCCAGCAAAACAUCCCACCAGUCCUCCUUGUCUCUCCAAACCGUUAUCGGCACAACCACCACAACCCCCAAUGGAUUCUCGAGCCACGACCAAAGCAGAAGUUUCGCUCUGUGUGCGGGUUCAGCAGCAGUGCUCGCACAGCUCGACGAUGAUGCCAACAUAAGCCAACGCUUCUUCCGAGCCCGUCCCUCUGCAACUAGUGUCAAUCCAUCGACUUCGUUCUACAAUCCAAACUCGACCCCUCCGUCUACCCCGGACCCGAGAUCACGUUCCCUCUCCCACAUCCGCUCCAACCCACAUCUGAAUAUUUCCAAUGGCUCUCCCUCUAGCGAGGCUGGCGAGGCUGGUAGCCCCCGAGGGUGGUCAUCGAGGGAACGGAUCAAAGCAGUCACAAGUGUCUCGAUCAGUCCCAAUGGGCGAUUCCUCGCAGUAGGAGAGACCGGCUAUAACCCACGAGUUUUGAUAUUCUCCACAGCGACGGAUGCAUUACCGGACGUUCCUCUCUCUAUACUGAACGACCACACAUUUGGCGUUCGCAGUCUAGCGUUCAGCCCCGACUCCCAGUAUCUGGCAACUCUGGGCAACCCGAAUGACGGGUUCCUUUUCAUCUGGAUGAUCAACCUGAAGAAUGGAUCAGCCAAGCUACACUCCGCGAAUAAGUGUACGUCGGUUAUUAAAGAUAUGUGCUGGGUCGGACGAAGCUUGGUCACCACUGGCGUGCGGCACGUCAAGGUCUGGCGUCUUCCCACGAUCACGAGGCCUGUCUCCCCCACCAAGACACGGCUGAAUGUUGACGGUGCUCCCUCACCAAACCCGGCCCCGAAAGCACUUUCCGGUAGGAAUUGCCUCAUGGGCGCGCUGGGAGACAGCGUCUUUACCUGUGUAAGCAGUAUCUCUGACCACGAAGCUGCUAUUGCCACGGAUUCAGGUGCAGUUUGUUACCUUGAUGACCGCGAGGGGUCUCAGAAGAUGGUCAUCGUAAAGCAGGUGGGCUUCAGUAUCACGUCUCUGGCCGUGGAUUUCGACCAAGAGUCCAUCUGGCUAGGUGGGCGUGGAAGGCGAAUGCAGAAAGUGACAUUUGAAACUUUGCGCUCGUCUGGUUCGUCCACGCCAAUGUCACCUGUCCGUCUCGAUAAGGGAGUCUUGGAUAAGAAAAGCAAAGCACCAGCUAUCACUUGCAUGGGCUCUCUUAACUCCCAUCUAGUCACGGUGGAAGCCACUCGGGAGAUUCAUAUUUACCCGAUUCAUAAUCUACUUGAAGACGGCGAACAGGAAGAGGGUGAAGCCUCGAUGCCUGCGCAUCGAGAUCCCAUCCUUGGAGUCUUUCACAUGAAACGCCCCAAUGAUUUCUCUGCAGACUUCUUUACGUGGUCGCGUAACGGCUCUGUUAAUUUCUGGGACGUUCACGGGAAGUGUCGAGGAUCCAGAGUAAUCGAUCUGGAUCAAUUUUCCGGGAACGAAGACAAUGCAGCGAAUGAACUUAAAGUUUUGCGGACUACUACAAAUGCAGAGUGGUUCGUCUCAGGUGACAAAUUUGGCGUAUUGAGAUUGUUUUCAAAUUCCGACUGGGCCUGUGUGCACAAAGUCCGUGGACAUGGCGGGGAGAUUACAGACGUUGCUAUUGAAACAACGGAUGACUCCUGGCUAGUAGCCAGCUGUGGCCGAGAUCGGAUGGUUCAGUUAUUUGAGAAACGAGACAACGAGCUUCAUUUGACCCAAACCAUGGACGAUCAUGUUGGGGCUGUCGGACAGUUGAUGUUCAUCAAUGAUGGCGAGAAGCUGCUUUCAUGCUCUGCGGACCGCACCGUCAUUAUCAGAGAUCGUGCCACACGAGAGAUUGAUGGUGAAACAUGCGUUGCGUACCUUAUUUCACGGGUAAUUACUCAAAAGGCCUCUCCCCUGUCGAUGACAAUCUGCCCGGACGACUCGAACAUUUUAUAUCUCUCCACUAUGGACCGCUGUGUUUCGAAGUUCGAUAUUCCAUCAGGAAGGCAUCUCCACUGUUUCAAGGCAUCGGACUCGGAGACAACCGAUGCCGUCAUUUUGGGCUCAUUGACAGUUGCACCUGAGAUCCCUGGCCAAAGCCCAAAGGUUCUAAUUGGUGUGUCGGGUACCGACAAAUCCAUCCGCGUAUACGACUUGGAGCGCGACCAACUUCUCACUGGUGAAUUUGGACACACUGAAGGUGUUACCGAUGCCCUGUUGAUAGAAGGGCGCGACGAUACCGAGGACUCGCAACCCCAACGCACCUUGAUAAGCACCGGCAUGGACGGCAUAUUGAUGAUAUGGAACCUCUCUGUCCAGCAGCAGAUAUCGCCAGAACUUCUUCAAAGUACACGCGAUGAUGAUGAAGGUCCUACCAAGGAGAUGACAGCCGCGAGACCUCCUCUCAGGAAGGUGCUCUCGCGUAGCGAGUUGGCCGGCUUCCAGCGUCCAGAUAGUCCUAACCCCACAACUCCAACGCCUAACCGCGAGCAUUCUCCAACCCUCCUCCGGAAAAUGUCGAGAUUGUCUCUCGCCCCGUCAUCUCUCAAAAACCACUCCCUCUCAGAAUCAACAUCGCCCCCAAGUCGCCUCUCCCCCCACCCCAGCCCAAAAUCACGGACUCCCGCCCGAAAACCACACAGUGCACGAACCAAUCGUCGCACAUCUCUCGAUCUCCGCAAUCGCGGCAAAACAACUCCCCGCAGCGAGUUCGGAAGUCUCGACAUGUCCACCGAACAAGUCUGCCGCACUCUCCGCGCCUACCGCAAAAAGGUCAACGGUUCAAACCGCCGCGUCCAAUCUUCCAAGGAACUCGAGCGUGAACUAAGACUCACACUCCGCAUUAUCAGCGGACGCGAUGAAAGCAGUGACGCUAGCGGUGAAACCGAAACCGAUAGCAGUGGCAAGGACAUUGAAAAUGAACGAGGACCUAGUCGCUCGUCCUUGAAAUCCCCUUGUCUUCCUCGCCAUAUGCCUUCUACCCCGUCUCUGCGACCCAAAAGUGUACGACAAGUCUCGCGCAGCCGGUCGUUUGAUGCUACUGGCGAAGAAUAA